AAUUCAUACGAUCUGGCUUCGUUGUAGAAACCAGCUGAUUUUGACAUUGCUGAUUGCAUGCAUUUAAUGAAUUUUGAUUUUUUAUUUAUAAUUGGGAAAUUUGGAAUCGGCAUUUACGAGGACUUAUAAGGAAUUGGAAAAAUGGGGGCGGCACAUUCUACUGAACCACGAUCAGUUUCGAUGGACAACCCGAAUCCGGGAGUUAUCGACGUUUCUGACGAGGUGGUGCAACGUUUAAAGAAGGGAAUAAGUAAACAAGCAAAAGAAAAUGCGUCUUCUAGUUCGGAAUCAAAAACUCCAAAACCAGAAGUUCAACGUGUGCAAGUAAAACCAGCACCACCACCAGCUGCAGUGCCGCCUACAGUUGUAUACCAAUCGCCACCAACAGUUUAUGUGGCACCGAGUGGCACAACAAUAACUGCCGCGGAUAUGGCGCGUCAAAAAGAAGCCGAGUUAAAGCAGAAUGAUGCUAUGUGGCGUCAACGAUUGACUGAUCUGGAACAAACAUUAAAAAAAACUAAUGCAAUAAUGGAAAAAGAGUACUCAUCAGCAGUAGAAGAUGUACGCCAACGUUUCGCUACUGCAUCCGCCGUUCACCAACUUCCACCUUGUCAGGAUCUUAAGGCACAAGUCAUUGCUUGCUAUCGUGCAAAUCCUGGUCAAACUCUGAAAUGUUCUAGUGAAGUUGCGGCUUUCAGGGAAUGCAUAAAUUUGAAUCGUAUCAAAAAACUAGAUGUUGAGGAAUCGAAAAAUGUCGCAAAAGCAGCAUAAUAUAAUUAUUUCGUGUAUAGCAAAAAUGUGCGCUGUAAACCAAUCACUGGUGUCCGGGUUUUGAUCUUAAGUGUAAUAAGUUGAAUGAUGGAAUACAAUUUACAAAGUUUGUAAAAUGGAAAACUUGCUAAUGAAAAAUCGCAAUAAACUUUUUGUUUGAGACGUGUAAA